CUCUUCACCGUUAGGACUAGACAGCAAGUUGUAGAAGUCAACUAAAACUGCCAUGGCAGUCUGGCUCUGGCAGUUCAUAACCAGCCUUUAAACCUUAGCACCUUCGUCUUCCACUGCGCAAAUUGAAACAAACUCCUCUCUCUUACGCUCUGUCUCCGUCUGUCUGUCUGUCUGUCUCUCUCUGUCUCUCAAUUAAAGUCAAAAUGCGAAAAAGGCCCGAGGCUUCGUCUUCCAAAUCGAAGCCGUCGAACGCUCAAGAACCUAGCGAUGAUGAUGAUACCACUAGAAAUAGCAAUUCUAAUGUUGCAGACGCAAGUGGUUCGAUUACUGGAAGGAGAAGUAGUAGAAGGUCAGGGUUUGUGUGGCUGAUAUUGUUCGGGGUGCUUGUGUACUCUUCAUGGGCUGUUUACUAUUAUCAGUUCGAGAGUUUGCCAUCGCCUCUCACCGCUGGCCAAGCUGGUAAGAGAGGUUUUUCUGAGGUGGAGGCUAUGAAGCAUGUUCGUGCUUUGACUCAAUUGGGUCCCCACCCUGUUGGGUCUGAUGCUCUUGACCUUGCUUUACAGUAUGUUUUGGCUGCAGCAGAAAACAUUAAGAAAACAGCUCACUGGGAGGUUGAUGUUCAAGUUGAUCUUUUCCAUGCAAAAUCUGGCGCUAAUCGUCUAGUCAGUGGCCUCUUCAAGGGGAAAACACUUGUUUAUUCAGACCUUAAUCACAUCGUACUAAGAAUCUUGCCAAAAUAUGCAUCUGAAGCAGGAGAAAAUGCUAUUCUUGUGUCUUCUCAUAUUGAUACCGUUUUCUCAACGGAAGGGGCUGGAGAUUGCAGUUCUUGUGUGGCUGUUAUGUUGGAACUUUCUCGAGGGAUUUCUCAGUGGGCACAUGGAUUUAAGAAUGCCAUCAUAUUUUUAUUCAAUACUGGAGAGGAGGAAGGUCUAAAUGGUGCUCAUAGCUUUAUGACUCAGCAUCCUUGGAAUGCAACUAUUCGAAUGGCUAUUGAUCUGGAGGCUAUGGGUGUUGGAGGGAAAUCUGGCAUUUUUCAGGCUGGUCCUCAUCCAUGGGCUAUUGAGAACUAUGCAUCAGCAGCAAAAUACCCAUCUGGUCAUAUUGUAGCACAGGAUCUUUUUUCAUCUGGCAUUAUUAAAUCUGCUACAGAUUUCCAAGUAUACAAAGAGGUUGCUGGUCUUUCAGGGCUUGACUUUGCUUACACGGAUAACAGUGGUGUAUAUCACACUAAGAAUGACAAAAUAGAUCUGCUCAAAUCUGGAUCUCUUCAGCAUCUUGGAGAGAAUAUGCUUGCUUUUUUGCUUCAGGUAGCUCCAACACCUCAUCUUCCUAAAGGCAAGGCAAUGGGAGAAGAGGAAAAGAACGGCCAUGACACUGCUAUAUUUUUUGACAUUUUGGGGACAUAUAUGAUCAUAUACAGUCAACGUUUUGCGAGUAUGCUUCACAAUUCUGUGAUAUUGCAAUCACUUCUAAUAUGGACAGCAUCACUGUUCAUGGGUGGUUAUCCAGCUGUGGUUUCAUUGGGCUUAUCAUGUCUCAGUGCCAUCCUCAUGUUGGUCUUUUCAAUAGGAUUUGCUUUCCUUGCAGCCUUCAUUCUUCCCCUAAUAUCAUCAUCACCAGUGCCGUAUGUUGCAAGCCCAUGGUUAGUAGUUGGGUUAUUCGCUGCACCUGCAAUUAUUGGAGCGUUGACUGGCCAACAUUUUGGAUAUCUUAUUCUUCAAAUGUAUUUAUCAAAUGUGUACUCCAAGAGAAAACUGCUAUCAUCAGUUAACCAAGCAGAUUUGAUCAAGUUAGAGGCUGAAAGAUGGCUUUUUAAAGCUGGUUUUGUUCAGUGGCUUGUUCUUCUGAUCUUGGGGAAUUAUUACAAAAUUGGAUCAUCUUAUAUGGCACUUUUUUGGCUAGUUCCACCAGCAUUUGCAUAUGGCUUGCUUGAAGCAACUCUAACCCCAGCUCGAUUGCCAAGGCCUCUCAAACUUGCAACGCUACUGAUGGGCUUGGCUGUGCCAAUUGUAAUUUCUUCAGGAACUUUUAUCCGCUUGACUGCCACAAUAAUUGGGAUCAUGGUUCGAUUUGAUAGGAAUCCGGGCAGCACUCCGGAGUGGCUGGGGAAUGCAAUACUUUCUGUUUUCAUUGCUGUUAUCGUAUGCUUCACUCUGAUUUACGUCCUUUCAUAUGUUCAUCUUUCAGGUGCUAAAAGAUCAAUCAUCCUGGCAACUAGUGUCCUGUUUGGGGUCUCACUCAUUUUUGUAUCAUCUGGUAUUAUUCCUCCGUUUACUGGAGACGCUGCCAGAGCUCUGAAUGUUGUGCACGUUGUGGAUACAACAGGAAGCUAUGGUAAUAAGCAAGAUCCUAUUUCAUAUUUAUCUCUAUUUUCGUCAACACCUGGAAACUUGAUGAAGGAGGUUGAGCAGAUUAAAGAAGGAUUUUCAUGUGGUAGGGAGAAGAUUGUUGAUUUUGUUACUUUCUCUGUUGAGUAUGGCUGCUUGACCUAUGAGGACUUGGACAAUGGAAGAGGAUGGAGUGAUGCAGAUAUUCCUUCAUUGCAUGUUGAUAGUGAUACCAACGCAGAGGAAAGAAUUACGAAAGUGGCAAUUGAUACAAAAGCUUCUAUACGUUGGUCUCUUGCAAUCAAUACUGAAGAAAUAAAAGAUUUCAUUUUUACAGGGGAUUCAGAGGAAUUAAUUCCACUCGGCAACAAGACCAGCAUAGAUGGAUGGCAUAUAAUUCAGUUUUCAGGAGGGAAAGAAGCUCCAAGAAAGUUUGAGCUAACCCUAUUCUGGGCGAAGGAAUCCAUGAAGUCUUCUCGUAGUGCGGACAGACGACAAAUGGAGGACCAACUGCCUCUAUUGAAGCUAAGAACAGAUGUUGACCGCUUAACACCGAAAGUUGAGAGAGUUUAUAAGAAACUUCCUAAAUGGUGCUCUCAGUUUGGGAAGUCCACAUCUCCUUACAAUUUAGCAUUUUUGAGUAAUCUCCCUGUUGAUUUCUAGGUAACUGAAAUAUAUCUCAAAAAGAGCAGUGAUUUACAGUUCAUUUAAACAUCAACUGUUGCAUCUUCCUUUUUCUGGAUUUACUUAGAGAGCUUAGAAAGAGAACCUAUAGGUAGACAAAUCCUCAAACAAAUUGCUGUACAUUGUUUCUUUAUAAUGGUCAUUAGGGAAUCAAUAAUCUUUUUCAUGAAAAAAUUAUCCACAGAACAAUAAACAAGUUUGGGUAUUAAAUGAAGGGUUUGCUGUUGCUGAUA